AACGCGCGCUCGGCCCAAAGGCGGCGCUGCUCGCAGAUGCUGCCCGGGGCGGAUCGGUGAGUUCAAGUUCUCUCCGCGGCAACUUCCUGGGUCGCUGCGGGGACAGAAGUUCUUAAGAGCUUUUGGUUUCGCUUCUAGGUUCGACGUUACAUUGCAGAAAGCAGCCGCAGCAAGAGGACUGGGAAGGGGCGCCUGUUCGUCGUGGGCUGCAGGCAGGUGGCAGAAGAUAUCUUUUCCUGUGUUGCCACAGAUGGAUGUAGACAUUAAAAAAGACUAUGGUGAUACAGUGGAUGCAAAACCUUCAAGAACUGAUCGAUUAUCAAUCUUUGGAAAAAAAAAGAAGAAUGAAUGGGAAGGUCAACCAGAGGGUUCUUCCAGUAACCAAUAUCGAAUUAUUACCCCUACAUUCCAAUAUAAUAUAGCCUAUAAGAAACUUGGUAAAUGCAUUAUUAUAAACAAUAAGAACUUCGCAAAAGAGACAGGAAUGGGUAUACGAAAUGGUACUGACAAAGAUGCUGGUGACUUGCAGAAAUGUUUCCGUGACAUUGGAUUUGAUGUUUCCAUCUAUAAUGAUCUCAGCUGUAAGAAGAUGAAGGAAAUACUCAGUGAAGCUGCCAAUGAAGACCACAGCGAUGCUGCUUGUUUUUCCUGCAUAUUAUUAAGCCAUGGAGAUGAGGGCCGUAUCUAUGGCACAGAUGCAUACAUGGCAAUCAAGGAUUUAACAAGUCUUUUCAGAGGAGACAAAUGCCAAAGCCUCAUUGGAAAACCCAAAUUGUUUUUUAUUCAGGCAUGUCGGGGUUCUGAAUUUGAUGAUGGGAUUCAGACAGAUUCAGGUUCUUCAAUAGACACCCUGGAAAUGGAUGCUAGUCCAAGAUACAAGAUUCCAGUAGAAGCAGAUUUUUUGUAUGCAUAUUCCACCGUGCCAGGUUAUUACUCCUGGAGGAAUCCAGGGAAAGGCUCCUGGUUUGUGCAGUCUCUUUGCUCAGUGCUGAAUGAGCAUGGCAAAGAUUUGGAGAUCCUGCAGAUUCUGACCCUAGUUAAUUACAAAGUAGCAAGAAACUAUGAGUCUCAGUCUGAUGACCCACGCUUCUCCAGGAAGAAGCAGGUUCCUUGUGUGGUAUCCAUGCUAACCAAAGAACUUUAUUUCUGUAAAGUGGAGCCACCACAGCAAGUUUAAAGUACAUACUGCAUUAUGACUUGUAGUAUAUUUUUAAUCUGAGUUUUUUCAGCAAAAGACAAUCAUAGAUCUAGAAUUAAAAUUGAUAUGAGUCUUUUGAAAUAUGCAAUACCAAGAUUACCUCAGUUGAUUAAUAUAUAUAAUGCUUUUCACAGUGCCACAAGUUUCUAUGUUAUUAGAGGUGACUAUUCCUUGUUUCUAUUUUCACUGGAAGCAAUAACAGUAUUCCUCUGGAGUCUUUUCCCUCCUCACAGAAAUAGCUCAUUUUUCCUAUAUUAAUUUUUUUUAGAUUUAUCAUUGGAUUAAUUAAAUGAGAAUAAUUGUAUAUUUGUCAAAUACCUCCAAUAACAUCUGUAAUAAGGAAAAAGGAGCAUUAUCAAAGUGCAUUUGAUUUUCAGUGAUAAAAAGGUUGAGAAAUCAUCUAAGUGAAGAUGCUUAGAUGCUCUUUUUCAUCCCAGUAUACAUCUAAAAUCAUUAGGUGGGAUCCAUACCUAGUCAGUAGCCUAGAUCUAUUAAUUUGUGAAGGAGUUGAUUUCAUUAUUAUUAAUUUAAACUCCAUAAUUUCAGUGGGUCUGCUCUAUUAAGAUUCAAUCUACGCACAGUAAUUGUAUCAGCUGUUGAUUUAAAUAACUCUCUAUGAACCUCUUAGUAGUUUUCCUGUUCUCCUUCCUAUUUUGCAAUGAGUUCUUAUAAAUGUAGGAUGUAUAUGAAUUGCUUGUUUUUAUCCAAAAUGAAGAAAUGCUGCUGGUCCUUUUUUGAGAUAAUGAACAAUAAAUACAAUGUACAAUCUAUUCUACACAAAAAUAAUUUUAUAUCAAGGACAUCUUGUAUAGUAUAGAUAUAUAGAAUAUAAAUAGAACAAAAUAUAGGUUGUUGAUCUGUUCAAAACAUAAUUCUACCAAGCAGCAAGUAAAAAAAAUAGAUAAUUGUUUCUAAGAUUCUAUUUUCUUGUAAUUAUUUGCUACCGUUAAUGAACCACAAUUUUGUUCUCAUGGUCUGUACAUAAUUUCAGUGUUUGCACAAACAAGUUUCUCUUGCUGUGUUCUCACCCCUUGUGGUAAUUGUUGGUUUCUUAUUUUCUUAACAUGCAACCAAUAUUAUGUCACUCUUAAUUUUUUAAUUUUUACAAGAAGCCUAUCUUGUCACUGCACAUGUACAACAAAUGCACUUCAUAGAUUUGCCAAUUCAUUGCACAAUUAGAGUAUCUUUCUUGAUAGUUUAAGAACUUCGUCCAUUUUCAAGUAAAUUUUGGCCCACAGUACAGUUUUCAAAUGCACAUACACAAACACAAACAUACAUGCACUGAAGAAAAUUCCUGAAAUUUAAUCUUUAGGAUCAGGCUUUUUUUUUUCUUUGACACGGCAAGAGGAGAUCCAGUGCUCUAUGAAGACCAUGAUGAAAUCCAUGACAACCAACCAAAGUAGGUUGCUACUGUAUCGGGAUGUGGAAUGAUUAGAUAUACUAGAGACCUUAGUUAUUGCCUGAUUAUAAUCUUAAAAAUCUUCUCCUUAACCUACAUUCUGCAUACAGAGAAUAAAAUUUUAAAUGUAAGUACAGAACAGCAUUAGUAAUGGGUCUUGUAAACAGUACCAAAACAUUCUCAAUGACUCAGUAACUUAUUGUUGAAUUCUUAGAAGUUUACAUUUCUGCCCUAUGAAGGUGUAUUAAGCUAUUUAACAUAGCAUUUGAAAACAGUUAUUUCAAUUCACGUUAUAAAAUAGGGAAGUCAAGUAUUUUGAAAUGUUUAAGUUAGCCAGCAGUUAACAUAGGAUAGUAGCAUAUAAAAAUCCCUUAGUUUAUCACCAAAUAUUCACAAAUAUAGUAAAACAGAGAAAUUUUCCAUUAUGUUGUGAUUUGCAUAAUGAAAUCGCUGUGGAUUGUGUAAUUUCUGAUUUAGUGAUCAGUCAACAAUAACAGACACCCUUUCCCCCAAUUGAUCAGUUAAGGUAAGGUUAUACUUUGUAAGUCAUUUGUUUAUAUUGGUCAUAUAUAAUAACCAAUCUCUAUAUAUGCAAAAACAUGUUUCUUUGAAAAUAUGUUAAUGAAUUCCAAGGAGGAAAAAGCUAAUGGGAUAAACAUGGAUAUAUAAUACAACAAAUCUACCUGUUAAUUUUUUAUUUUUUAUUUUUUUGAGUCUUUGUAGGACGGGCGAUAGCUACUGGGCAUUCAGCAGCUCUCAUUUGCAGAAACUACUGGUAGUGUACAUUACUAUAAUGAAGCUGUCAUUACAAAAUGUACUUCUUUAGGUUUGCUUUGUAGCUUCCAAAAGAGGUUCCUAUAUAUCUGGUGCUCAAAAAGAAAGUCAUCUUCUGCAUAGCAGCUGUACUGGAAAAGGAGUGUUGGACUGCAGUUCGCAGCAACGAUGGCCACUGCUAGUUGUAUCCAGUAUAUUUGAAGGACACAUUUGUAUUAGAACAUAAAUGGAAUUUCUGCUGCAUCAAACCAUAGGUCUUGUCUAAUUUGGUAUCCUGUAUAAAUGACCAGAUAGUUCUAGUAAAUUUAUAGAAAAACUUAA